AUGAAAAGGAGAUUUGAGAGUUUAGGCUGGUAGUUCAGCACCUCGAGCACUAUCCAGUGUUUAGACUUGAUAUAUAAAAUGGCCGUAUAACAUUGCACUUUCUGCUACUGUUGGUUUUGCAGCCUAAGCAGGAAAAGUUGUAAUAAAGAUCCAGGCAUUAAUAAUGGACAAAGGGAGAAUCCUCUGAGCAAAUGGUGAUGGCCAUUAGAGAAUAGUGAGGAUAGAGGCUAUGUCUGGAAUGACACCCUAUUCCCUAUGUAGUGUACUACUUAUUAACAGAAGUAGUGGUUGUAAAGGGUGUGAUUAGUGGAGAGUAAAGAGCUCUGGUUAAAAGGAGUGCACUAUGGAGGAAAAGUUGUAAUUUGAGAUGCAUCCAUAAUAUACAGUGGUUUAUAUACAACGAAUAUUGAGUCUGAAAUUGUCGUUUUGUUUCACAUGUCAACUGUAGCUCAGCUGGUAGAGCACGGCGCUUGUAACGCCAGGGUAGUGGGUUCGAUCCCCGGGACCACCCAUACACAAAAAAGAAAUUGAUGCACGCAUGACUGUAAGUCGCUUUGGUUAAAAGCAUCUGCCAAAUGGCAUAUUAUUAUCUACAGUCAUUUUCCCUCUCCUCUUUGUGUUGUCAGUUUUUCACAGACCCCUGUGGCAGCAGCCCCUGUUUCCAUGGCAACUGUAGCCGCAGUGGCGAGGGCGAUGUGUACACCUGCGAGUGCAGCGUGGGGUACGAGGGGGAGAAGUGUGAGCAAGCCACCUUGGACCCCUUGGACCUGCUGCCUGUCUCCAAUUGGGACCCUGCCACACCUCCUGCCCCCGAACAGGCCACACCCGCCACGCCCACAACCGCCACUCAGCCCUCCCAGACAACCACGGUGUCCACCACAACGCAGGCCCCUCCCACGCUGCAGCCGUGGCAGCCUAAGGCUGGACAGAGACUCUUGGUGGUGCAGUGGGAGAAACAACAGGUCAGAGAUGAAUGCUACCUGUACUAUAUUCGUCACAACAGACCAGCUGACCAGCUAGCUAGGUUCAGAGUUCACAUAACUUCUUUAUUUGUCUUAUAAAAUAAUGACAUUUAUCCUCUUGCUGCCUCGUGUGUAUUUUUGUGUAUUUCCAUGUACAGUACCAGUCAAACGUUUGGACACACCUACUCAUUCAAGGGUUUUUCUUAAUUUUUACUAUUUUCUACAUUGUAGAAUAAUAGUGAAGACAACAAAACUAUGAAAUAACACAUAUGGAAUCAUGUAGUAACCAAAAAAGUGUUAAACAAAUCAAAAAUAUAUUUUAGAUUUUAGAUUCUUCAAAGUAGCAACCCCUUGCCUUGAUGACAGCUUUGCACACUCUUGGCAUUCUCUCAACCAGCUUCAUGAGGAAUACUUUUCCAACAGUCUUGAAGGAGUUCCCACAUAUGCUGAGCACUGCUUUUCCUUCACUCUGUGCUCCAACUCAUCCCAAACCAUCUCAAUUGGGUUGAGGUCAGGUGAUUGUGGAUGCCAGGUCAUCUGAUGCAGCACUCCAUCACUCUCCUUGGUCAAAUAGCCCUUACACAGCCUGGAGGUGUGUUUUGGGUCAUUGUCCUGUUGAAAAACAAAUGAUAGUCCCACUAAGUGCCAACCAGAUGGGAUGGCAUAUCGCUGCAGAAUGCUGUGGUAGCCAUGCUGGUUAAGUGUGCCUUGAAUUCUAAAUAAAUCACAGACAGUGUCACCAGCAAAGCACCCCCACACCAUCACACCUCCUCCUCCAUGCUUCACGGUGGGAACCACACAUGCGGAGAUCAUCCGUUCACCUACUCUGCGUCUCACAAAGACACGGCUGUUGGAACCAGAAAUCUCAAAUUUGGACUCAUCAGACCAAAGGACACAUUUCCACCGGUCUAAUGUCCAUUGCUCGUGUUUCUUGGCCCAAGCAAGUCUCUUCUUAUUAUUGGUGUCCUUUAGUAGUGGUUUCUUUGCAGCAAUUCGCACAUGAAGGCCUGAAUCACGCAGUCUCCUCUGAAUAGUUGAUGUUGAGAUGUGUCUGAUACUUGAACUCUGUGAAGCAUUUAUUUGGGCUGCAAUUUCUGAGGCUGGUAACUCUAAUGAACUUAUCCUCUGCAGCAGAGGUAACUCUGGGUCUUCCUUUCCUGUGGUGGUCCUCAUGAGAGCCAGUUUUAUCAUAGCGCUUGAUGGUUUUUGCAACUGCACUUGAAGAAACAUUCAAAGUUCUUUACAUUUUCCGUAUUGACUGACCUUCAUGUCUUAAAGUAAUGAUGGACUGUAAUUUCUCUUUGCUUAUUUGAGCAGUUCUUGCCAUAAUAUGGACUUGGUCUUUUACCAAAUAGGGCUAUCUUCUGUACACCACCCCUACCUUGUCACAACACAACUGAUUGGCUCAAACGCAUUAAGAAGGGGAACAAUUCCACAAAAUAACUUUUAAGAAGGCACACCUGUUAAUUGAAAUGCAUUCCGGGUGACCACCUCAUGAAGCUGGUUGAGAGAAUGCCAAGAGUGUACAAAGCUGUCAUCAAGGCAAAGGGUGGCUACUUAUAUAUUUUGAUUUGUUUAACAAUUUUUUGGUUGCUACAAGAUUCCAUAUGUGUUAUUACAUAGUUUUUAUGUCUUCACUGUUAUUCAAAAAAUGUAGAAAAUGGUAAAAAAAUAAAGAAAAACCCUGGAAUGAGUAGGUGUGUAGGGCGGCAGGUAGCUUAGUGGGUAAGAGCGUUGUGCCAGUAACCGAAAGGUCGCUGGUUCUAAUCCCCAAGCUGACUAGGUGAAAAAUCUGUCGAUGUGCCCUUAAGCAAGGCACUUAACCCUAAUUGCUCAUGUAAGUCGCUCUGGAUAAGAGUGUCUGCUAAAUGACUAAAAUGUAAAUGUGUGUCCAACCUUUUGACUGGUACUGUGUGUGUGUUUGUAUGUUUCUGUGAGUGUGUAUGUGUGUCCAUGCAUGUGUAUGUUUGUGUGUGUGUGUUUCUGCUGUUGCAGGUGACGGAGGGACUGCACUGUGUGAGUCCUGAGCUGUGUGAGCUGACCUCUGGAACUCUGACUCUCUCUCUAGAGGUGCCCGAGGAGACUGCCAUCAAGUAAGACUACUGGUACCUUCCUGUGUGUGUGUUUGCGUAGUGCUCUCCCGCUCUCCCCUGUGUGCUCCAAAUCCCCCUUUCCCUCUCUUCCUCCCUCCCCUGUUUAUCCUAACUUCUCCCUCUCUCCCAAGUGAACUAUAGUUCUGCAUAAAACCACACUGGAGACUACACUACAUCUGUCUUCCCUUGAGAUCAUUGUCUUAUGAUUAUCGUCCUGUGUCAUUUACAUAGAACUUGCAGUCUUUCAUUAUUCAGUCAGCAACCCCGAUGGUAGCAAAUAACCCCCAUUGUGUUGCCCAAGUUUAGUGCCUGAAUGCAAUGUGUUCUGAUUUAAGCAAGCAUCAUAAAUGUCCUUUAGUGGUAGAUGUCCAUUUAUAGUGUGUCUUUAUGAAUGACGGGAGAGUGGAGACAUAAGAGGUCUUUAUCAGCACAACAGUGUCCGCUCUUGGCUGCAGGCAAAUAUCGUUUUUGUGUUGUGUUCACAUGCACACGCAGACACACACACACACACACACACACACACACACAACUGAAAGUGACAUCAAUUUAGGAAUGCUAAUGAGAAAGAGGCUAAAUGGAAGAUGGGUACAGAGAGAGAGAGAGAGAGAGAGAGAGAGAGAGAGAGAGAGAGAAGAACAAGUAGUCAGGUCUGAGCAGGUAGACAGCUAGGGUUAGCUGUUCAGCAGUCUGAUGGCCUGAUGGUAGAAGCUGUCUCGGAACCUGUUGGAUCGAGAACCGAUGCUUCGAAACUGCUUGCCAGAUGGUAACAGAGUGAACAGUCCAUGGCUCGGGUAACUGGAGUCCUUGGCGAUCUUCCAGGCCUUCCUCAGACACCGCCUGGUGUAAAUGUCCUGGAGGGCAGAGAGGUCUUGCAGCUGUAGAACUUCUUCAGGAUCUGAGGGCCCAUGCCAUAUUUCUUCAGCCACUUGAGGUUGGAGAGGCACUGUUGCGCCUUCUUCACCACGGUGUCGGUGUGAUUGGUCCAUGUCAGGUCCUCUGUGAUGUGUGCGCCGAGGAACUGGAAAAUGUUAACCCUCUCAGCUGCAGCCCCAUCAAUUUUAUUGGAAACAAAUGAAAUGUGAUUUUUCAAGUUUUUGUUGUUUUCAGUGAGGACCCCAAGAAUUUAGUGGAUUGAAUGCGGGAUAAUCGAUUUCCUAAUGGAAAAUGUAGAAUAAAGAACAUGUAAGAACUUUUUGUAUAUUUAAAGUAGGGUUGUCAAAUGAUUAAAAUAAUGAAUCGAGUUAAUGGCGAUUUGCUCAUAUGUUGCCCUAAAUAAAUAUGUUUCUAUUUAAAAAGCAUUGAGUUACAGGCAUACUUUGAUUGUAAGGGAAAGAAACACAACAUAAUCUGUAUCAGAAUGUUUUUAAUGGCACUAUAAACAACACAAAAGUCACCGUAACAUACAGCUAUUAAUGCUCCCAAUGUUUAAGUAGGCCUACUCCCUCUUAUCAAUGUUCUUGAAGUUUAACACUUGCGCACAGCACACACACAGACACACACACACAAAUACAGUAUGCACACGAAUCCGUGGCAGAAAAAAUAUAUAUAGCUCUGGUAAUAUUGGGCAUAACUUUUACUUGAUUUUGGCUAGAGGCACACGGUCUUCAUCUAUUUUAAUGCACAAGCAUUGACUGUAGCUGUGUUCCAUGUUGUGUUCUGUGUUUAAAAGGUCUGUUACGGAAACGUGCUCUUAAAAGUUUCCGUGCGGUGAAGAAAUGGAGACGCGAUUAACGGCGUAAAAACAAUGUACGGCGAUAAACAUGUCGCAUAAAACACGUUAUUAACGCGUUAACUUUGAUAGUCCUAAUGUAAAGACACCUUAUUUGCUUUAAACCAGUCAUCUAAAUCUGUUUUAUUAUAUAUUUAUUUUAACGAUCAAUUUCUGACCAUCUUUAUCAGACAGAAAAAUGUUGGUGUCAACAGCAAACAAUAUAAAAUGUACACAAUCAAAAUUGUAAUUAACAUAAAUUUAAAAAAGCUAUGAACACCGAAACUGUGCAUGCAUAUGUAUUCACCCCCUUUGCUAUGAAGCCCCUAAAUAAGAUCUGGUGCAACCAAUUACCUUCAGAAGUCACAUAAUUAGUUAAAUAAAGUCCACCUGUGUGCAAUCUAAGUGUCUCAUGAUCUGUCACAAGAUCUCAGUAUAUAUACACCUGUUCUGAAAGGACCCAGAGUCUGCAACACCACUAAGCAAGGGGCACCACCAAGCAAGCGGCACCAUGAAGACCAAGGAGCUCUCCAAACAGGUCAGGGACAAAGUUGUGGAGAAGUACAGAUCAUCCCACGGAGCACCAUUAAAUCCAUUAUUAAAAAAAUGGAAAGAAUAUGGCACCACAACAAACCUGCCAAGCGAGGGCCUCCCACCAAAACUCAUGGACCAGGCAAGGAGGGCAUUAAUCAGAGUGGCAACAAAGAUAACAUUUACAUUAACAUUUACGUCAUUUAGCAGACACUCUUAUCCAGAGCGACUUACAAAUUGGUGCAUUCACCUUAUAGCCAGUGGGAUAACCACUUUACAAUAUAUAAAUUAUUUAUUUUUUUGGCGGGGGGGGGGGGGGGGGGGGGGGAAAAAAGGAUUACUUUAUCCUAUCCCAGGUAUUCCUUAAAGAGGUGGGGUUUCAAGUGACUCCGGAAGGUGGUGAGUGACUCCGCUGUCCUGGCGUCGUGAGGGAGCUUGUUCCACCAUUGGGGUGCCAGAGCAGCGAACAGUUUUGACUGGGCUGAGCGGGAACUGUGCUUCCGCAGAGGUAGGGGGGCCAGCAGGCCAGAGGUGGAUGAACGCAAUGCCCUCGUUUGGAUGUAGGGACUGAUCAGAGCCUGAAGGUACGGAGGUGCCGUUCCCCUCACAGCUCCGUAGGCAAGCACCAUGGUCUUGUAGCAGAUGUGAGCUUCAACUGGAAGCCAGUGGAGUGUGCGGAGGAGCGGGGUGACGUGAGAGAACUUGGGAAGGUUGAACACCAGACGGGCUGCGGCAUUCUGGAUGAGUUGUAGGGGUUUAAUGGCACAGGCAGGGAGCCCAGCCAACAGCGAGUUGCAGUAAUCCAGACGGGAGAUGACAAGUGCCUGGAUUAGGACCUGUGCCGCUUCCUGUGUAAGGCAGGGUCGUACUCUCCGAAUGUUGUAGAGCAUGAACCUACAGGAUCGGGUCACCGCCUUGAUGUUAGCGGAGAACGACAGGGUGUUGUCCAGGGUCACGCCAAAGCUCUUUGCACUCUGGGAGGAGGACACAACAGAGUUGUCAACCGUGAUGGUGAGAUCAUGGAGCGGGCAGUCCUUCCCCGGGAGGAAGAGCAGCUCCGUCUUGCCGAGGUUCAGCUUGAGGUGGUGAUCCGUCAUCCACACUGAUAUGUCUGCCAGACAUGCAGAGAUGCGAUUCGCCACCUGGUUAUCAGAAGGGGGAAAGGAGAAGAUUAGUUGUGUGUCAUCUGCGUAGCAAUGAUAGGAGAGGCCAUGUGAGGAUAUGACAGAGCCAAGUGACUUGGUAUAUAGCAAGAAUAGGAGAGGGCCUAGAACUGAGCCCUGGGGGACACCAGGGUGAGAGCACGUGGUGCGGAGACAGAUUCUCGCCAUGCCACUUGGUAGGAGCGACCUGUCAGGUAGGACGCAAUCCAAGAGUGAGCCGUGCCGGAGAUGCCCAGCUCGGAGAGGGUGGAGAGGAGGAUCUGAUGGUUCACAGUAUCAAAGGCAGCAGACAGGUCUAGAAGGACAAGAGCAGAGGAGAGAGAGUUAGCUUUAGCAGUGCGGAGAGCCUCUGUGACACAGAGAAGAGCAGUCUCAGUUGAAUGACCAGUCUUGAAACCUGACUGGUUUGGAUCAAGAAGGUCAUUCUGAGAGAGAUAGCAAGAGAGUUGGCUAAAGACGGCAUGCUCAAGAGUUUUGGAGAGAAAAGAAGGGAUACUGGUCUGUAGUUGUUGACAUCGGAGGGAUCGAGUGUAGGUUGAAGACGGAAGGGACAUAGCCAGCGGUCAAGGAUGAGUUGAUGAGCGAGGUGAGGUAAGGGAGAAGGUCUCCGGAAAUGGUCUGGAGAAGAGAGGAGGGGAUAGGGUCAAGCGGGCAGGUUGUUUGGCGGCCGGCCGUCACAAGUCGCAAGAUUUUAUCUGGAGAGAGAGGGGAGAAAGAAGUCAAAGCAUAGGGUAGGGCAGUGUGAGCAGGACCAGCAGUAUCAUUUGACUUAACAAACGAGGAUCGGAUGUCGUCAACCUUCUUUUUAAAAUGGUCAUCCACAGAGUCAUCCACAGAGAGGGAGGAGGGGGGGGGGGGGGAUUCAGCAGGGAGGGAGGAGAAGGUGGCAAAGAACUUCCUAGGUUUAGAGGCAGAUGCUUGGAAUUUAGAGUGGUUUAAAGUGGCUUUAGCAGCAGAAACAGAUGAAGAAAAUGUAGAGAGGAGGGAGUGAAAAGAUGGCCAGGUCCGCAGGGAGUCUAGUUUUCCUCCAUUUCCGCUCGGCUGCCCGGAGCCCUGUUCUGUGAGCUCGCAAUGAGUCGUCAAGCCACGGAGCAGGAGGGGAGGACCGAGCCGGCCGGGAGGAUAGGGGACAUAGAGAGUCAAAGGAUGCAGAAAGGGAGGAGAGGAGGGUUGAGGAGGCAGAAUCAGGAGAUUGGAGGGAGAAGGAUUGAGCAGAGGGAAGAGAUGAUAGGAUGGAAGAGGAGAGAGUAGUGGGAGAGAGAGAGCGAAGGUUGCGACGGCGCAUUACCAUCUGAGUAGAGGCAGAGUGAGUAGUGUUGGAGGAGAGCGAGAGAGAAAAGGAUACAAAGUAGUGGUCGGAGACAUGGAGGGGAGUUACAGUGAGAUUAGUAAAAGAACAGCAUCUAGUAAAGAUGAGGUCAAGCGUAUUGCCUGCCUUGUGAGUAGGGGGGGACGGUGAGAGGGUGAGGUCAAAAGAGGAGAGGAAUGGAAAGAAGGAGGCAGAGAGAAAUGAGUCAAAGGUAGACGUAGGGAGGUUAAAGUCACCCAGAACUGUGAGGGGUGAAACAUCCUCAGGAAAGGAACUUAUCAAGGCGUCAAGCUCAUUGAUGAACUCUCCAAGGGAACCUGGAGGGCGAUAAAUUAUAAGGAUGUUAAGCUUGAAUGGGCUAGUGACUGUGACAGCAUGGAAUUCAAAUGAGGAGAUAGACAGAUGGGUCAGGGGAAAAAGAGAGAAUGUCAACUCGGGAGAUAUGAGGAUUCCUGUGCCACCACCCCGCUGACCAGAUGCUCUCGGGGUAUGCGAGAACACAUGGUCAGACGAGGAGACCAUGUCUCCAAUCUCCACAGCGGAGAUUGGAGUAUCUGUCCAUAGGACCACUUUAAGCCAUACACUCCACAGAGCUGGGCUUUACGGAAGAGUGGCCAGAAAAAAGCCAUUGCUUAAAGAAAAAAAUAAGCAAACACGUUUGGUGUUUGCCAAAAGCCAUGUGGGAGAUUCCCCAAACCUAUGGAAGAAGGUACUCCUGUAGUUCGUCUCCCGAGUGGCGCAGUGGUCUAAGGCACUGCAUUGCAGUGCUAGCUGUGCCACUAGAGAUCCUGGUUUGAAUCCAGGCUCUGUCGUAGCUGGCCGCGACCGGGAGACCCAUGGGGCGGCGCACAAUUGGCCCAGCGUCGUCUAGGGUAUGGGGAGGGAAUGGCCGGCAGGGGAUGUAGCUCAGUUGGUAGAGCAUGGCGUUUGCAACGCCAGGGUUGUGGGUUCGAUUCCCACGGGGGGUAUGAUUUUUUUUUUUUUAUAUAUAUAUAUAUAUAACAAUAAUGUAUGCACUCACUAACUGUAAGUCGCUCUGGAUAAGAGCGUCUGCUAAAUGACGUAAAUGUAAAUGUAAAUGUACUCUGGUCAGAUGAGACUAAAAUUGUGCUUUUUGGCCAUCAAGGAAAACGCUAUGUCUGGCGCAAACCCAACACCUCUCAUCACCCCGAGAACACCAUCCCCACAGUGAAGCAUGGUGGUGGCAGCAUCAUGCUUUGGGGAUGUUUUUCAUCUGCAGGGACUGGGAACUUGUCAGAAUUGAAGGAAUGAUGGAUGGCGCUAAAUACAGUGAAAUUCUUGAAGGAAACCUGUUUCAGUCUUCCAGAGAUUUGAGACUGUGACGGAGGUUCACCUUCCAGCAGGAGAAUGACCCUAAGCAUACUGCUAAAGCAACACUCGAGUGGUUUAAGGGGAAACAUUUAAAUGUCUUGGAAUGGCCUAGUCAAAGCCCAGACCUCAAUCCAAUUGAGAAUAUGUGGUAUGACUUAAAGAUUGCUAUACACCAGCAGAACCCAUCCAACUUGAAGGAGCUGGAGCAGUUUUGCCAUGAAGAAUGGGCAAAAAUCCCAGUGGCUAGAUGUGCCAAGCUUAUAGAGACAUACCCCAAGAGACUUGCAGCUGUAAUUGCUGCAAAAGGUGGCUCUACAAAGUAUUGAGUUUGGGGGGGUGAAUAUUUAUGCACGCUCAAGUUUUCAGUUUUUUUGUCUUAUUUCUUGUUUGUUUCACCCCAAAAAAUAUUUUGCAUCUUCAAAGUGGUAGGCAUGUUGUGUAAAUCAAAUGAUACAAACCCAUUUUAAUUCCAGGUUGUAAGGCAACAAAAUAGGAAAAAUGCCAAGGGGGGUGAAUACUUUCGCAAGCCACUGGAGCUCCUAAACCAGUUGAGGUCUCUAUUUCGAAGGCCAUAAGUUUGUAAUUUAUGCAAAAAACAAUUGUGCUCAACGGUACCGAAGGCUUUUGAAAGGUCAGUACUUACUUACUUAGUUACUUAUGUGUGUGUGUAUUUAUUUAUCUGUGAGUGACUCAGCCAGUGGGAAGAGUCUGGGAGUGUAGCUGGUCUUGUGUUGAGUUGGAGCGCAUCUGCUUUGCUGACACUGUCUGUCUGUGCAGAGAGACUCUCUCUUCCAGUAAUUGGCCCAAAGUCAGAUGAGUAAUGGCCCUUGACCACAGCAGUCAUAACUCUACUCCCUGGCCUUCAGAUCUGUACAGUCACCACAGUGAGCAGUAUAGUACCCCCACUGAGACAGACAGGACCAGGCAUUACUCAUGUCCACCAUCCUAUCCUACUAGCAUGGGGUUUUGUGUGUCUUAAGAAAACGUAUACAGUGUCUAUUCAUACCCCUGACUUAUUUCACAUUUUGUUGUGUUCUCACGCAUCUACACACAAUACCCCAUAAUGACAAAGUGAAAACAAAUGUAUAAGUAUUCACACCCCUGAGUUGAUACUUUGUAGAAGCACCUUUGCCGGCGAUUACAGCUUUGAGUCGUUUUGGGUAUGUUUGUAUCAGCUUUGCACAUCUGGAUUUGUGGAUUUUCUCCCAUUCUUCCUUGCAGAUUUUCUCAAUCUCUGUUAAGUUAGAUGGGGAGCAGCGGUGAACAGCAAUCUUUACGUUUUUCCACAGAUUUUCCAUGGGAUUCAAGUCUGGGCUUUGGCUGGGCCACUCAAGGACUUUCACAUUCUUGUUCUAAAGCCAUUCCAGCAUUGCUUUGGCUAUAUGCUUGGGGUCAUUGUCCUGUUGGAUCGUAAAUCUUCGCCCCCAGUCUAAGGUUGUUUGCACUCUGAAGCAGGUUCUCAUCAAGGAUUUGUCUGUAUUUGGCUCCAUUAAUUGUUCUCUCUAUCCCCCGACAUCAAACCAAUUGAGAUGGUUUGGGAUGAGUCGGACGGCAGAGUGAAGGAAAAGCAGCCAACAAGUGCUCAGCAUAUGUGGGAACUCCUUCAAGACUGUUGGAAAAGCAUUCCAGGUGAAGCUGGUUGAGAGAAUGCCAAGAGUGUGCAAAGCUGUCAUCAAGGCAAAGGGUGGCUAUUCGAAGAAUCUCAAAUAUGAAAUAUAUUUUGAUUUGUUUAACACUUUUUUGGUUACUACAUGAUUCCAUAUCUGUUAUUUCAUAGUUUUGAUGUCUUCACUAUAAAAUAAAGAAAAUCCUUGAAUGAGUAGGUGUGUCCAAACUUUUGACUGGUAGUGUAUGUAAAUUAGAUAUUUCUGUAUAUCAUUUUUUUAUCAAUUUGCAAACAUUUCAGAAAACAUGCUUUGACUUUGUCAUGAUGGGGUGUGUAGAUGGGUGAGAAUUAAAAAAAUAAUCAAUUUUGAAUUCUGGCUGUAACAGAACAAGAUGUGGAAUAAAUCAAGGGGUAUGAAUAAUUUCUGAAAGUACUCUCUCUUUCUCGCUCACACUCUCUAUCCCCCAAUCCUCUCCCCUCUCUCUUCAGGAUUGUGGUGAAUGUGAGCGGAGCUCCCGUCCUGUGGCGUGUUGGAGAGGAUGGCUUCCAGCAUUCCUCCUUGGUGGAGGGGACCAUCAUGUGGUUCCAGCAGGCCUCUGAUGGACUGGUGGUCCCUGACCACUCCCUCCCCCUGGGACACAAUUACUACCUCAGUAAGUAGGAAGUACUUCCACAACUACAAUAAUAUUGCACAAAAAAAUUAAAAUGGAGUCGGGGAGGUGGGGAGGUGUUUUUUUAAUUUUAGGUGGAGUGGGAAAUAUGGUUUCCGGGUGUGGAGGGAGGAUGCGGGCGGGUGGAGACUGGGGUGAGAGGGGGGAUGGGUUGGGGUUAUCUUUGUAUGCAUUUCUUUGAUAGUUUUUGUACCUCAACCCCCCCCCCCCAAAAAAAAAACAACAAUAAAAAACAAAUACAUAACUAAAUAAAAAGUUGGUCACAAAAAAGAAAUAGAUGUUCUUCUCUCCUCCUGUCCAUCUUGUGGGAAACCUAGACACAUGUAGCAAGCACUUGUAUACCUAUCACUGGUGCAUAUGUUUUUGGUUAGAGAUUACAAUCUCCUAAGAAAUGAAUCCAGUAGCACAUCUCAUGAUAUAGUGCAUAAGACACAACUACUUCCUCAGUAAGGCCCCUCCUCCAUCUCAAUUUACUUACUUACGUAAUCCUAUUUGUUCCUGUGUGGAACAGAAGGUUUUCCCCCACUUUAAUACAACUGUUGAAAACCAUAUGGAGGAAUAUAGGUUACUCUAUUCUGUCUGUCCAUUUGGUGGUAAACAUAUAUAUGCUUUGGCGCUAUCACUUCCAUACUUCCAAACCUGUCAUUGGUGCAUUCUGUAUUUUGGGUUAGAGAUGGAUCUUCAACUCCAAGGGAAUGGAUCAUUGCAUAGCACAUAUAGUGAUAAAAGUGCAUAUUAUACAUAUUUAUAUUUAGAAGAUACUUGUAGUUUAUUGGUAAAAGGUAUCUCAAAGUCAGAGACAUACACACCUAAUCAAACAAGCCCAUUGGGGGAUAGGAUAGAAUGGUAUUCCAUCAUGUUUUCAAUAUUAACAUUCACAUUCUCUGCAGUGUUCUGAGUUGUCUGGAUCAGUAAUUUGCAUGAAAGGUCAAUCAAGAACACAAUAUCCAUAAAAUCCAUAAACAGUAUGAUAAUGUCUCAUUUGAAUGGGGCUGGCGCACAUAAACACUUGGCUCUGGAAUUCAGUUUUGUUAUCUUUCUGCAUAUUUUAUCGCUAAGUCUUUCUAUUUUCAAUAAGGAAUGUUACAGUAACGUACGUCUGAAGGUUCGGUAGAUUCCAGCAGGUUUGGCGUCAUGUUUGGUGUCCUGCCCUUUAGUGAAUUGUCUACUUGACCCCUGUGCGUGGUUUCCAUACCAACACUGCUGUGUUACGUCUCAGCCUGUCUGUCCACUGACCUUGAGCUGGCUGGAGACACUCCGCCUGAGAUCCUGCGGCUCUGUCUGAGGAGAUGGUGUUUGUGGGGGGCAAGACCAAGAGAGCGAAGGGGAGAGGGGGAUGAGAGGAAACAGGAGAGGGAUAGGGGAGAUACAGAGGGGGGAGAGGGCGAGUGAGAGAUGGGAGAGAGGAGAGAGAAUUAAAGAGAGAGAGAGAGAAAGAGUUGUUUUUCUGUCAUCGUGUUUGGUUGUUUACCGCUCAAAGACUCUGGAUAAUAAAUGAGUCACGUCCGUGAGAGCAAGACUGCUGUGUGUGUGUGUGUGUGUGUGUGUGCUUGUGUGCAUCCCACAUAAUCUGCCUCACAUGCAAAAACAUGCAGUACACAGUUCCCACACGAACGUACAUGAGACAGAUAGUGUGAAUGAAAUACUGAUGGUGGCAUACAGAGUAGACUGUGAAAUAUACAUACAGUAUAUAUGAUUCAACGCACAAUUGUAAGGCAACCAGCUGCAAUAGGAGUAAUUUUGUUGCACAAACUCACAAUUCUAUUAAAUCUUUUUUUUUACAGUGUGCACGUUUAAUGCUGCGUUUAGACAGGCAGACCAAAUCGGAUCUUUUUUUCACUAAUUGGUCUUUUGACCAAUCAGUUCAGCACUGAAAAAGAUCUGAUGUGAAAAGAUCUGAUGUGAUUGGUCAAAAGACCAAUUAGUAAAAAAAAGAUCAGAAUUGGGCUGCCUGUCUAAAAGCAGCGUGUGUGUGUGUGUGCAUGCGAGUGCUGCAUCAGAGAGGAGCAGUGACUGUGCAUUUGUGAGCUUGUGUUGUGAGGAACAGACGUCAUUGGGCUGACCUAACCAGAAAAUGGUGAGGUGUUAGGGGACCAGCUUUUACAGACUCCUGAUUGGCUGCAGGGCUUUGCUGUGGCAAUGACUUAUCCUGGCUGUGCGCACGCCUCAUUGGCUCAGAGCAGGUUCCUAAUAAUGGCUGUUAAUCUUCACUUUGAGGCUAUUUUUAAACGGAUGCUUCUGUUUUGAUUCAUAUUUGCUCACAUGGCCUUUUCUUCAACAUUUCUCUAAUAGUUGGUCGCCGGGGAAUACAUUUAUCUUUUGCAGUGGCAGCUAGAGGUGUCUUAUCCAAGCAAUGAUCCAUAUGCAACCCCUCCUAGAACAUUUGUCAAACAUAAGGUGUUCUGGUCAAUGUUACACACGAUGAUGUUAAUCUUCUGUUAGUUUGACCAUAAUCUUCUUUGUAAAGGACCAUUAAUUCUCUCUGCACCUUAUCUUAACACAAUUCCUAGCCUCUGUACCUAAGUCCUUGUCGACCCCCCCCUGUUUUUUGAAUGAUCUUGUUUUUUUCUCUCUCCCGUUGUAGGUGUGUUGCGCGUGGGGGACGCCCCCAGUGGCUCGGAGGUCACCCUGCGUCUCAAUCUGACAGUGAAGGCCAGCAGCUGUGUGGAGCCUGGCAGCCGCUUCAGCGACCCACAAUGCUCUGGGAAGGGGAAGUGCAUCACUCAGCCCUCUGUGGUAAGAGGUCAGGGGUCAGAUAUGUGAUGUCACCUGCCCUUGAGUUGGUGAAUCAGUCCCUUGUCUUUGGGCUUGAUCCUGUGAACAAUAUUUCAAGGCUUAACAUAUCACUUUCAAUAUUCAGAAAACAGUUUCCCCUCAAUAUACUAGAAGGUAAUUGGUGUAAUUAAGCAGAAUAUUGUAAGAUUGCGACACUAUUGUCUUGAUGAUACACUAUGCGGUAACAUGGCAACAGGAGACUGAGAGAAGAAAAAGAUAAGCAAAACAGAAUAAAGACCAGGCCUUAUUGCCAUGGGAACAGAGAAAGGCAUACAUGUAUUGUGGGAUGGAGAGUUCUUAAGUCCUGCAUCCCUACUACUCCCUGGGGCUCCCACUCUCCCUAGGUCCCUAGGGGCAUUACUGUUAGCAGACUGAUCACUGCUGCAGAGAGGAGUAGAGAGAGGAAAUGGAGAGAACAGAAGUGAAGAGUGGGAGAAAAUAAAAGAAAGGGAGAGGAGGGAAGGGAGGGAGAGGAGAGGGGAGAGAGGAGACGUGUGCUAGACUGAGGGCCUGCUAACUCUUUCCCUCCCCCCUACAGGUGCAUUGUUAGAGGGUGAUUUAGCACACCUCACUAUGGGGAGCUGGGAGGAAAAGGGCAUCGGUGGGGUGUAGAGGACUAACAAUAGAGAAUCCCAGGGUUGUAAAUCUCAAUAGAGUCCCAUGUAGCCCCAGUAACCAGAACCAUCCCAGUGAUAGAUGGUGUUGAGCAUUAUGCUCAGAAUGUUCCACAAUGUUAUCUGACCACUAAGUUUCAUCAGUUUGUCUUCUCAUAACAUGAACCACUCGGUAUCUCUAAUCACUUGUCACAUAUAAGGCCAUGAGUUUGUCCUGGUCAGGUCAUGUGGUUGGGAGAAACUCAUGGCUCUAGUUUUGAGACCUAUGUGACAGUUUUGAGUCAGUAUGUGACAGUGACCCUGUGACCCCUCUGACCUCCAGAGCACCUUCUUCUGUGAGUGUGAGGAUGGGUACUCUGGGAUCUUCUGUGAGGAGUUUGAUGCCUGCCAUCUCAGGCCAUGCCAGAACUACGCCAUCUGUAGUGACCUGAGGCAGGGGGACGAGGGCCGCAACUUCACUUGUAUCUGCCCUCCAGGUAACUACUGUGUGUGUGUGUGUGUGUGUGUGUGUGUGUGUGUGUGUGUGUGUGUGUACAUGCGUAUGUGCGUGCAUCACAGGAGGACGACUCAUAAUAAUGGCCAGAACGGUACAAAUGAAAUGGCAUCAAACACUUGGAAACCAUGGAAACCAUGUGUUUGAUGUAUUUGACACCAUUCCACCUAUUCCGCUCCAGUCAUUACAAGCCCGUUCUCCCCAAUGAAGGUGCUGCCAACCUCCUGUGGAGUGCAUGCCUGCGUGUGUGUAAGUGUCUCCAAAUGAAAUAGGGAACGCAGAGAAGAAUGCACCCUUUCAACUUGUCAAUUAGAUAUAUUCGGGGCCCAGACCAGUGAGGGCAGCUCUGAUUCACCUGAGAUGUAAAUUACCUUGUUAUAGAAGCAGAGGCUGUUGUUGAUGGCCAGCCACAUCUUAUUAGAGAAGGGUGAUUACAGGACUGUGGUGGUAUGUCUGCCUGCCUGACAGACUGAGGGCAGUGGGUUCUCACAGGCUCAUCCAGAGCAAUGUGGAGGCCGCACUACAUGAUUGAUGUGGAUGGGUAGUAAGGUUGGAGGGGAAGUGUGAGACGUAGGGUGGUCUGUGUCAAGUGUGUGUGUGUGUGUGUGUGAUGCGUGCGUGCGUGCAUGCGCUUUUCUGUGUGCGUGUGCGUGCUUGUUAUAGCGGUAGUUGGAUGGUUUGCAUGUCAGUGCGUUAGAGUUGCGUGUGUUUUUAUUUGGCUCCUGCGUGUGUUCAGGUUUAAUGCUAUGUGACACUGUGUUUCGCCUGUGUGCUCCAGGGUUCGAGGGUGAUCUUUGCCAGUUGCAGGUGGACCACUGCCUGUCUCAGCCCUGCAGGAACGGGGCUACCUGCUCCAGCAGCCUGGCCGGACCCAGGUGUUACUGCUCUGAGGGUAGUAUGUAGCCCAGUAUCAAUAGCAUAGCAAUACAGUACAGAACAACUCUUGCCAUAACAUAACAUGCACAGAUCUACAGCAAUGCACAAAACAUGGAUGUACUGCACAAUACCAUGUUGUUAAUCAGUUUUAUUUUCAGAUCUUCAUUAGCUGGUUGUGUGUGUGUGUGUGUGUGUGUGUGUGUGUGUGUGUGUGUGUGUGUGUGUGUGUGUUGGACUGUCCUGGUUCUGGGUCUAGGCGUGUGUCUGGUGUUCUUGUGUGCAUGCGUGGUGUGUAUGUUUGUCAGUGUGUGUGUAUGUGUGUCAGUGUGUGUGUAUGUGUGUCAGUGAGUGUGCGUCUGAAUGUGUGUGUGAGGCUAUCCUAGUUCCGCUGCCGUUAGUUUCUGUGUCUGCUCUGUGUUUAUCUGUGCCAGCCCGUUGCUUAAUUUAAACUUUCCUCCGCUCCUCUAAUUAGUCCUCCUGGCCCUAAUGGCCCGCUCUCAGACCCACAUGGGAAAUCUACGCUAGCCCGCUAAAACUAAAUUCUGCCAAACACAGCACUCCUAAAUAAGGGGAUGCCAAUCCAUGCUUUUUUAUGUAUACAAACACACGCACACACGCACGCACACGCACACACAAAUGCACAUGCACACACACACACACACACACACACACAGACACCCCCAUGCAAAACCAUCCCGGAAUAAUCCUCUUCGAACACAUCAAUACAACAACAGAGGUAUGAAUGUACAACCUGAUCCAGAAAAUAUGGUACAUUGCAGGUACAAUUCCCUGCGGUCACUGAGUUCUGAUUCACAGUCCUGCUAACAAUGCAACUCUGAUUAAAUUAUUCAUCUUACACUGUUGGACGAGCGCCAACGCUGACCAGAAUUUUAAAUCCAUCCAGAGCAGUUUUUUUCCUUUGGUUGUUUUCACAGAGAGAUCGUGGUUAUGGUGCAACAAUGGGGGCGGAAACUGCUUCAGCACUUUUAAUUAGUGCGACAAGGAGAUGUGCGUGUUUGUGCGUGCGUGUGUCUGAGAGAGAGCCUCUAAAUAUUUAACAGGCUUGUUAGGUAAUCCUGCCGUUUGAAGCCUUUCUACUGGGUUUCAUGGCAAUUAGCCAAUCACAUUCUCCAGUGAGCAUGUGACUGCAGGUCAACACAAUCAGCCAGUGGAGGGUGAUGAGGAGGCACCUCUCACCUCUACCUCUGUUUAUACACAAAUACACUGGGAGUGGGAGCAGACGGCUCCACACUGCAGACUCCUGUCCACCUGAUUCCCAUGCAGUCGGGAGAGACUGAGCAGGAGAGCCGUAAAGAAUGUGUUAGGGUUCAUGGUUGUUGUUGUUUUCUUGUUGUUUUCUUGCAGGUGAAUGUGACGGCAGAAGUAGAUCAGAGUUGUAUUCUACAAAGCAGGAUUAUGGAGUUAGCGAGCUAACUUAUUUUGUAGAAAGAUAAGCUUGAAAUGGGCAUGGUCUAAUUGAUUUAACAAACGAAUAUAGACAUAUCUAAGUUUAGCUUUUUUAAUGAAAUCAGUAGUUAUUUCUGGUUGCUUAUCAAAGUUAGCUGGCUAACUCAUUGAUCCUGCGUUGUAGCAUACCCCUCAGUACUAGGUACAGAGAGGUUGUGGUGUAUGGCAUUUUCUUGUAUAACACAGCAGAAGCAGUGUCUUCCAUGAGGAAAACACACUUUUCUUUACCUCUAGACUGUUUCUUUUUGGACUAGACUGUCUCUCUUCUUUAUUUGGUGAAGAAGUGUGAAAAGUAUCUUUACAUUAGCUCCUCUCUUUUAACUAUCACUCUCUCUGGAGACAUUCUCCCAAUCACACACACACACAGAGAAACCUAUUUCUGUCAGCUGUUCCCAGUGUUGUAUCACUGCCUACCCACACACACAUAAAUCAAACCAAGUUUACUUAGCACAGAUCCUCUCGGCGGAAGUUAUCAUGCUGUGCAUAAAACAAAGUGAUGGACGACAGCAGAUGAUAACAAUAGCAGAGGCAAUCAUAGCAGAAUCACGGCUCAUGAUCACCAAAUGCCACUGCUGUAGGCAAACAUCUGCAGUUUUUCCUAUGUCUAUGAGCAGGUGAAUAGUAUUAGUUUGAUGGCAUAGCAGUAUCAUAAAUAUUACACAAGUCUGGUUAUUAGGUGUCAUGUCCAUUCAUGACCACUCAUGUCAGAUGACAUACUGCCUAUGAGCCCUGGUCAAAAGUAGUGCACUUUAUAGGAAAUCAAUAAGAUCUCACAGUUUUACCAAUUUGACUUCAGAUUCCGACUUUUAUCCACGUUUCUCCAAAUGUUUUUUUAUAUAUAUUUUAUCCAAAUUUAUCCAAAUUUUUUUUAUAUAUAUUUUUUAUUUCACCUUUAUUUAACCAGGUAAGCCAGUUGAGAACAAGUUCUCAUUUACAACUGCGACCUGGCCAAGAUAAAGCAAAGCAGUGCGAUAAAAACAACAACACAGAGUUACAUAUGGGGUAAAAAAAACAUAAGGUCAUAAAAUACAACAGAAAAUAUAUAUACAGUGUGUGCAAAUGUAGCAAGUUAUGGAGGUAAGGCAAUAAAUAGGCUAUAGUGCAAAAUAAUUACAAUUAGUAUUAACACUGGAAUGCUAGAUGUGCAAGAGAUUAUGUGCAAAUAGAGAUACUGGGGUGCAAAAGAGCAAAAUAAAUAACAAUAUAGGGAUGAGGUAGUUGGGUGGGCUAAUUUCAGAUGGGCUGUGUACAUGUGCAGUGAUCGGUAAGGUGCUCUGACAACUGAUGCUUAAAGUUAGUGAGGGGGAUAAGAGUCUCCAGCUUCAGAGAUUUUUGCAAUUCGUUCCAGUCAUUGGCAGCAGAGAACUGGAAGGAAUGGCGGCCAAAGGAGGUGUUGGCUUUGGGAAUGACCAGUGAGAUAUACCUGCUGGAGCGCAGACUACGGGUGGGUGCUGCUAUGGUGACCAAUGAGCUAAGAUAAGGCGGGGAUUUGCCUAGCAGUGAUUUAUAGAUGGCCUGGAGCCAGUGGGUUUGACGACGAACAUGUAGUGAGGACCAGCCAACAAGAGCGUACAGGUCACAGUGGUGGGUAGUGUAUGGGGCUUUGGAGACAAAACUAAUUUAAGAAAAUAAGGGUUGGGAUAGGGUUAAAACAUUAAGUUUAGGCAUUCAUUACGAAUUAUUAAGUUACGGGUUAAGGAUUGGGAUAGGGUUAAAACCAAAAGCGAGUUUUGAAGACAUUUCCUGACAUCCUCAGGACAUGGACAGAUGUCCAAUUUCGAAGUCAAUCUUGAGCGAUUUGCCUGAGGGAAUAUGGGUACCAUUUCAGCCACAGCCAGAGUCUCUAGAGGAGGCUGCUCCCAGCAGUCCUCCUAGCUCUGUGUCUGUCCUCUGAGGUCUCUCUCUCUCAGCUCUGGGACUGCCACUGUCUCCAGUGAGGAACAGGAGGGGUGGGGGCGCUAUAUUUAGACUCUUAACUCGCUCUACAGUAUUAGCAAGUAGAAGUGAUAGAGCAGCUCUGCAAAAGCUGCUUUCCUUUCAUAUCAGAGCUCCCCUGGAAAUCUGUUUAAGUGUGUAGGCUUGGUAAAGUGUGUGGUGGUGGUGGUGGGGGGGGGGGGUUCCUCUGUAUGCAUGUGCGUGCAUGUGUGUGUGUCUUUACCAUGCCUGCUGACCCAUACCCCCUGUGUCAUAAUGAAUUAUGAGCUUGGUCUUGGGGAGAGUUGUCAGCAUGAUCAGAGGCGAGGAGAGAGAGAAAGACUAUUUGCACAUAAUACGACAUUUGAAAUGUCUUUAUUCUUUUGGAACUUUUGUGAAUGUAAUGUUUACUGUUAAUUUUUUAUUAUUUUGUUUAUUAUCUACUUCGCUUGCUUUGGCAAUGUUAACAUAUGUUUUCCAUGCCAAUAAAGCCCUUUAAAUUGAGAGAGAGAGGAGAGAGGAGAGAGAGAGAGGGAGGAGCGGAGAGAGAUAGAGAGAGAGACGAUGAGAGAGGAGAGAGAGAGAGAGAGGAGAGAGAGAGAGAGAGAGAGGAGAGAGAGAGAGAGAGAGAGACACCUCAUGUGCAGAUACACUCAGCCAGUCUCCCUGACAACACUGCCCAAGGCAAACGCACACAGCAGGGUGUGAAAGUGCAGACUUCUACAGAGAUAAAGGAAUAGAGCUGUGAUUUUCUUCCCUUCCUAUCACAUUGACCUCUCUCUUGUCUUUACCUCUUGUCAUGUCUCCUUUUCUACUACAUCUGAGAUAAUGUGCGAUUGUGUGUGUUACUUCUCCACUCAACAAGAUCUCACUGCCUCACUUCAGUAUCCAACGUUUGUCCAGGGGGUUGAGGUUUGGGUUAAAACAGAAAAAAUAAGAAUGGGUGCCUAGCAAUGGGAUUGAACCCGCUGUAGAACGUGGUUUAAAGGUCAGGAACAGUCAAUAUCAUGAAAUGUUAUGAUUUUUGGAUGAUACCAAAUCAAAGUAUGAUGGCCAAAGUAUGAAAACUGACUGUUGCUUCUACAUUGAUACAGUUUGAUCAUAAAGUGACUGGUCCCCUCCCCCACGUCAAACACUUGGAUUCAGGAGGCGGGAUUAUUAAGGGAAUAGGGUGACCCUCUCAUUUUAAUAUACCAAUGUUAACAUGAUAUUCUUUUACCUAAGCUUGACUGCCGUUUGACAAAAAAAAAAAUUCUUGCUCUUAUCCAUAAUAAUCUCGUCAUGUAGACUAGCCUACCCACACAGCCUACCCACACUGUAACUGCCAGCUGUUGGCUGGAGCACAUGUGCCAAGACCAGAGAAGGCACAUUUGCUAUUUAAAGCAACAGUUUUUCGGACAAAACUAUCGAUAGAGUGGAAAAUGCGAUGGAAACACAUUGAACUCUAGAUUUUGAUUCGGUACAUGAAAUCUUAAGUGAAACAUUUAUUUUUGUGUGCACUAUGUCAUCACGUGCUGAUUUGGUGGAAACACACCACUGGUGGAAAAAUUUGCAUAUUUUCUUUAUGUGGAUUUUGGAAUAUUCGCAUGAUAAUCUGUCACCAAUUGGAUGGAAACCUAGCUAUUGAUGCAAUUUCAAUGUUGUUUGAGUUGCUUUGUGUGUCACUAAAUUAGCUUGAGGUGGAAUUUACUGCAACUGUGCUCACUGCAUCCAGAUUUCUUGACAUAGGCGUUUAAAAGAGCUGUCAGUCAAGGCAAGCUCAUGAAUAUAAGAUCCCCGCCCACUCAGGGUGUCUUUUCAAACUUCCUGGUAGUUGGGCCAUGAGAGAAAAAGUAAUUAUUCUCAAAUUUUGAGUAUUUCUAUCGCCCCAAAAUAUUAUGGAUGAUAAAAGGCUAUUUUACAUGGGACCUUUUUGUUCGUGACCUUUAAGCCCUUUCCUCUAUCCCCAUCCACAACGCCCUAGCAAGCCGUGAGCCUACUCGAUGGUAAUAAGUGCUCACGUUGCCUCUAGUGACUGGUAUUGAAGGCAUCUCCCGACGUCCUGGGCACCUGGACAAACGUCUAAUACUGCAGCCUAUCUGGUGUGACCUGGCUGCUCCACUAGCCUCCUGCAUCCUGUUGCUCUUAUGAGAAAGACUGAUCAUAAAUUGAGGUCACCCUCAAUCAAACCUCCACUUUGUCACACCUUCUGCAAUCGCUGCCUCCAUCUCUGCCACUCUCAAGGUGCCCCCUCCCCUCUUCCCUCCUCCCCUCUGUCCACCCUCCCCUCUGUCCUUCCUCCCUCCUCAGGAGAAUGGUUCAAUCACAAGCUGUUUUAUCAGGAUCAUCGCCAUGGUAGCGCAGAGAGGAGACUGACUGUAGUUUAUUGUGUGUGUGUGUGUGAUCAUGUGUGAGCGUGUGUGAGCAUGCCUAUGUGAGUGUGUUUGUGUCAGCCUAUGUGUGUGUGUUGGCCUGUGUGUGUGUGUGUGUGCGUGUGUGUGUGUGCGUGUGCGUGUGUGUUACACAGUCAAUAUAAUCUAGGAGCAUGUUGAUUGCGUCAGUGUGUGUAUUCCAUCGGGCUAAUGAAGAGAGGCUUUCAGGGUCUGCUGAUUCAUUUGUCCAGAUGCAGGGAGGACUCUAUAUCACCCAGACUGAUGGACAUGUAUUAUCUCACUGCCACUGCAGAGAGGGAGGAAUAAUCUGCUGGAGUCAGUGGGUUUCUCUGUGGGCUUUCUUUCUUUCUUUCUCAUCAAUUAUGCAUGUAUGAACUACACAUCCAGCCCAAAGUGGGAGGUUUAAAAAAGAUUUACUAGUUGCCAAAGUACCAGAACAUGUCUUUAAGUAUGUGCUUGCUGGCUUGUGUUGAAUAACAGUGUCUGUUUGUUUGUAUGUGUUUGUGUGUGGGCGGGGGAUGUGGGACGGGUUUGUGUGUGUGUGUGUGUGUAGACAAAACAGAUGCUGUAGGCUACAUCCCAGUGAGUCCACAGAGCCGCCUCAACACCCACAAUGCGGUCCUUCACACCCCCAGAACCCCACAGCAUUCCUGCCACCAGACCAGAUGCUCCCCACCCUCUUUCUUUCUUUCUUUCUUUCUUUCUUUCUUUCUUUCUUUCUUUCUUUCUUUCUUUCUUUCUUUCUUUCUUUCUUUCUUUCUUUCUUUCUUUCUUUCUUUCUUUUCUUUCUUUCUUUCUUUCUUUCUUUCUCUCUAAUUUUAUUUCCUUCAUUCUCUCUCUUUCUGCUCUCUGUCAUUCUCUCUCCCUAUCUUUCUCUUUCUCUUUGUCUCACUCUCUCUCUCUCUCUUUCUCGCUCCUCUCUCUCACUCUCUUGUUCUCCCAUCAUCUCUCUCAGGGUAUCAGGGCAGUAUGUGUGAUCAGAGGGUGGACCCAUGUGCCUCCAGCCCCUGCCACAACAACGGGAGCUGCUUCCCCCAGGGUCCCGGCCUGGACUUCGGCUGCAGCUGUGCCGCCGGCUUCACCGGCCCGACCUGUGCCCAGCUGGUGGACUUCUGUGCCCUCAACCCCUGUGCCCACGGGAUCUGCCGCAGUGUGGGGACCAGCUACAGGUGUCUGUGUGUCCCAGGUGAGCCAUCCUGUGUUUGUGGGUGGGUGUGUCUGCGUGCGAGUGAGCGUGUGUGUGUUUGUAUGGGGGCACAGGGGUUGCCCCCAUACAAACACACUAUAGAUAAGCUGUAAGACUAACUAACAGAUUGAUUCUCCCACAAUAAAUCAGAUAUUACAGUGAACCUGCCACAUAUAAUAUACAGUGCAUUACGAAAGUAUUCAGACCCCUUCACUUUUUCCAAAUUUUGUUACUUUGCAGCCUUAUUAAAAAAUUGAUUGAAUUGUCCCCCCCCCCAUCAAUCUACACACAAUACUCCAUAAUGACAAAGCAAAAACAGUUUUCUUUUGAAAAAAAUAAAAAAAUAAAAAACAUAUAUUUCAUUUACAUAAGUAUUCAGACCCUUUACUGAAAACUUUGUUGAAGCACCUUUGGCAGCGAUUACAGCCUCGAGUCUUCUUGGGUAUGACGCUACAAGCUUGGCACACCUGUAUUUGGGGAGUUUCUCCCAUUCUUCUCUGCAGAUCCUCUCAAGCUCUGUCAGGUUGGAUGGGGAGUGUUGCUGCAUAGCUAUUUUCAGGUCUCUCCAGAGAUGUUCGAUCGGGUUCAAGUCCGGGCUCUGGCUGGGCCAUUCAAGUGUAACGAUCUUGGUUCGACAGACGCUGGGAGACGGGAAGCAAGUACAGGGUGAUUAUUUAAUAAAUAAAAGACAUGGAACAAAACAGGGACAGUGUCUGGACAGGGGAAAUGAAACAAAAUCAAUGCUGACACAAGGAUCAAACAGAGGAACAGACAGAUAUAGGGGAGGUCAGUAAGCCGUGAUGAAGUUCAGGUGAGUCCAAUGAAGCGCUGAUGCGCGUAACAAUGGUGACAGGUGUGCGUAAUGAUGGGCAGCCUGGCACCCUCGAGUGCCAGGGAGGGGGAGCGGGAGCAGGCGUGACAUCAAGGACAUUCAGAGACUUGUCCCGAAGCCACUCCUGCAUUGUCUUGGCUGUGUGCUUAGGGUUGUUGUCCUGUUGGAAGGUGAACCUUCGCCCCCGUCAGAGGUCCUGAGCACUCUGAAGCAUGUUUUCAUCAAGGAUCUCUCUGUACUUUGCUCCGUUCAUCUUUCCCUCGAUCCUGACUAGUCUCCCAGUCCCUGCCGCUGAAAAACAUCCCCACAGCAUGAUGCUACCACCAUGCUUCACCGUAGGGAUGGUGUUAGGUUUCCUCCAGAUGUGACGCUUGGCAUUCAGGCCAAAGAGUUCAAUCUUGGUUUCAUCAGACCAGAGAAUCUUGUUUCUCAUGGUCUGAGAGUCCUUUAGGUGCCUUUUGGCAAACUCCAAGCGGGCUGUCAUGUGCCUUUUACUGAGGAGUGGCUUCCGUCUGGCCACUCUACCAUAAAGGCCUGAUUGGUGGAGUGCUUCAGAGAUGGUUGUCCUUCUGGAAGGUUCUCCCAUCUCCACAGAGAGGUUCCGGAAGACCUGCUGGAAUAGUGCCUCAGCGACCUGGAGAGCGGUAGGUUGACCAGAGAGAGGGAUGAAACGGCAGGAUUUAGAGAAUCUGUCAACAACAACCAUAAUGGUGGUAAAACCAUCAGAAAGGGGGAGAUCAGUUACGAAGUCUGUGGACAAGGCCGCUGAGGCACGGGAAGGGGAAGUAGUUUCCCUGCUGGAGCGUCCCAGGGAGAUUUGGAUUGGGCACAUACGGAUGGCCAUCACGAUGAGUGCGUCCAAGGAUAGGUUGUCAUCCUGACACGCCAACUCCGUCUGGACCUCGUUGCGCAGUCCUCUCCGGAAUAGAGUGUGGAGCGCCGGCUCAUUCCAUCCGCUGGAGACUGCUACAGUCCGAAAGGUGAAGGCGUACUCCACAGCGAUCUGGGCACCCUGCCCCCCUCUCUCUUGCUCACCUCCCUCUCUGCCCUCUGGAGAAUGGUCGAAGACCACCCUGAACAGAGCCAUGAACCUCUCAUAGGAACCCAGCUUCUCCUCUCCUCUCUCCCAGACGGCCGUAGCCCACUCCAACGCCCACCCGGUCAGCAGGGAAAUUACCGUGGCAACCUUGGACCUCUCGGUGGUGGGGGCUCCCGUCUGAUGGGCAAAAUAAAGGGAGCACUGGAGUAGGAAGCCACGGCAUUUCGAUGGAGUACUGUCAUACUUCUCCGGAAGGGACAGUCAGGCGUCGCUGUCCUGGGCGGACGGCUGGGUAGGCUGGGGGACUGGCUCACUGUGACGACCCGUGGUAGGAGGCCCUCUGAUAGGGGUAUGGAGAGCCUCGCCUCGCUGGGUGUGUCGAGGCGGUAGAGAACGCGGAGGACCUCCUCCAUGGCCGUACCCAGUUGCGCCAGCUGAUCGUGGUGUUGGUGGAGUGUUCCUUGACCGUCUGGAAAUGUGUUUUAUCCUCUGCUGCUUCCAUAUUGCGUAUUGUAUUCUGUAACGAAAUACGCCGGGAGUCAGGAAGCAGGUGCAGAAGGUGAGUUUAAUAAUGAAACGAUGCAGAUGAACAGAACAUGAGAAGCGUACAGAACGUGAGAGAAAACAAUACUACCUAGUGACUGCUGUCUACUGAUGGCUAAAUAAAGGGGGAGUAAUUAAAGAGACAAUGAUGACCAGGUGUGCGUAUUGAUGGGGCGCAGGUGUGAGUAAUGAUGGGGCGUAGGUAAUGAUUGUUGCCAGGGCCGGUGGUUAGUAGACCGGCGAAGUCGAGCGCUGGAGAGAGGGAGCGGGAGCGGGAGUAGGCGUGACAAAUCCAUUUUAGAAUAAGGCUGUAACUUAACAAAAUGUGGAAAAAGUGAAGGGGUCUGAAUACUUUCCGAAUGCACUGUACAGCAUCAUAAAUUAGCAUUGUUACUACUCAUCAUUCCACAACCCAUUCCCCACCCCAGUGAUAUAAUUGAUGCAGACACACAGUCGGUAAUACGGUGACCAUGACUGACGUGUCAUUACAGGCUCAUUGAUCAUGCCACUGGUUUUUGUGGUUCCAUGCUCAGAUUAAUGGUGUGGAAUCAUGACAAAUCAUUAUCCCUUAUUCAGCAAUUACCCAGCGGUGUAACCAGACCUGAGUUCAAAUAGUAUUCGAAAUCAUUUCAAUUACUUUAGCUGGACUUGAUUGCGCUUGCCUGGUACAAGGGAACCAAUAGAAUAGUCGCAAAAUUGCAAACCCCACCCAUUUGGCACUCCAGGCAGGCUAAACAAAUGGUAGUAAUAUUGGAAAGAUUUAAAAUAGUAUUUGAACCCAGGUCUGAGUGUGACUGCAGGACCCUAUCAAUAGAACCAUCAACACAGUGUGACAGGCUGCUCCCCCUCCCUAUCAGUCUGUCCUAGAGUUCCCUUUAUAUAUCUUUCUUUCUUGCAGUUACAUUUUGAUUUAAUUUGCAAUCUUAGGUUGGGCGGGGAGUGAGAUACACUCUAAAUUAGUAAUGGCUGUUUUACAUUUUUUACAGAAACAACCCAAUUCCACCAUUUUAGAUCACUUCACUUAAAAUAGUUCCUUUGGUGACCAGACUAUCGAUUCAGACUGUCCUCUAUUGUCCUCUGUAGCCAGGUACUUCUCACCGUGUUCAUACUCUUAUUAGUAUAUUCUUGUCUCAUAAUAUUGCAUUAUGUUAUUUGUUCUCUCAUAGAAACAACCUCAGACCUUGCAUUGGUACAGUAUGUUCCUGUCACGCCCUGGCUCUGGGGACUCGUGUAUGUUGAGCCAGGGUGUUAGUUUCUUUUUGUAGUGUCUAUGUUUCGUUUUCUAUGUUCUGUUCUAGGUUAUGUGUUUCUAUGUUGGCCGGGGUGGUUCUCAAUCAGAGGCAACGAGAAUCAGCUGUUGCUUGUUGUCUCUGAUUGGGAACCAUACUUAGGCAGCCUUUUGUGCACUUGUGAUUCGUGGGAUCUUGUUCCGUGUAGGUUUGUGCUUUGUUAACCGAGGACGUCACGUAUCGUUUGUUGUGUUAUUGUGUUGCUAAGUACUCUAUUAAAGAAGAUGUACGCAUAUCACGCUGCGCCUUGGUCCACUCAUUAUAACGAUCGUGACAGUUCCUUCCCAUGUACUGUAUACUGACAGUAUAUUCACACAUAAUAUCUAUUUUCACCUUUCACUCUAACCUAUUCUCUGUUACUCUCCAUUGCUCUUCAUCUCUUUCUCUCUGUCCUCCUCUCUUCUCUCUCUUUAUUUCUCUUUCCUCACCUCAUUUCCCUCUCCCCCUCCUCUGUCAUCUGGUUGCCAUGGUGACUGAUUUUUAUUAGGAUCUCUUUUUAUUAAGUGAGACAGGUGCUUUUCACUUCCUUCCAGACCAUUGUAUGUCUGCAGCCGUUGUCUGUCUACACAAGUUGGGCAGAUGAUGCCGUCCAAUCACACAUCUCCGUUCAGACAGCCCGCUUCUAAUGGGAAUGAUGUGAUUGGUGAUUCGCAAUCAGCAUUCCAGAUGAUACGCUUAACACUCCACACCCAGACUCCACACACACACAUGCAAGAAGGGACACACGCAACCAAAACACACGCACACACACACACGCAACCAAAACACACGCACACACAUACACACAUACAAACACACACACAAACGCAAACACACACACACACAUACACAGACAGACACACACAUCAGACUCGUUUAGGGAAAUAAUUGACCUUUUCUCCUGUUCAUCAAUAUGCCAGCUGGUGUCUGCGUCCUCUACAAGGAGAGGAGGCUGUGAGGGAGCUGAUAUAUACUCUAGUGGAUCCUAGGCUCCCUGUAUCCAUAUCAGACAGAGGAGAGUCAGACUAGCCAGAGGAAAUGGGUCUGGGAGUCUGGGAAAGGCACUUGACAUUUCACUGGCUUUUUAUGAGAACCUCUGUGAUUUAUCAAGGCUUACUUUGUAUGUAAAUGUUUCUUCUCAUGGUAAACGACAAACACAUGAACACACCAGCAGACAGCCAGACACACACAGCCCGACACACACUCACACACACAUUACACAUACAGACAUGUCUAUACUCAGUACAAUAGCUUCUGCUUGUAAGCUCUGAAGAAAGAACACAAUGUCCUACAUCAACUCUGAGAUUCUGUUAAUCACUGUGUUCUGACCUUGGGCUCAUACUGCUUCUCUUUUAUAGGAAAAAACAUCAAGACCCACAGUUCUCAGUCCCAGUGCAAACCUGCCACCCAGUGGCAACUAGAGUGUACUGCAUUUAAUAGACCACUAACAGUCACGGCUGAAUCUAGGCUUUAUCGAUGUAACCAUAGAAUUACAUCUAGAAUUAAUUUAAUAGGAUGUCUGUGGAUAUAACAUCCACAAGGUUUUGUCAUAGUCAUGUAGGGAAACAAAUGCAUUGACUUGUUCCGUCUAAGUGAUAAUCUCUAUGUAGAAAUAAAGGCACAUUAAACUACUUUUAACUCACCCUUUAAAACCAUCUCAUAAAAAAUAUGAUAUGUGCUGAGGAGUGUACCACCGUGAUCUUCUCGUUAGUGAUAUCUAAAUGUAAUCAUUACUUUAACUGUCAUCUAAUAUUAUGAUCAAAGACAGUGUGACUUAAUGUGUGUGUGGUGUGUGUGGUGUGUGUGGUGUGUGUGUGUGUCUCCCAGGGUACCAUGGUCUGUACUGUGAGGAGGAAUACAACGAGUGUCUGUCAGCCCCCUGCCAGAACUACGCUACCUGCAGAGACCUCAUCAAUGCUUACGAAUGUGUCUGCACUCCUCAGUAUGAAGGUAGGUGUGUGUGUGUGUUGAUUUUCAUCCAAUGUGACUGACAACUCAACGGGGACACUUUUACAUAUGUUAUCCUGGGGUGGGCUUGUGUGAUGAUGCUGAUACUGCAAUAUGUAUGCUAAUUCAAUGAGUUUAUACAACCUGUAUCACAAAUGUAUCCAUAAAAGGGAUUGUAUGUUGUCUACAGUAUGUAUUUGUGUAGUAGAUUGCGAGAAAGUGUGCUGUGUUGGUGUAAACUGUCAUAUGUAAAGCAGACCUGGAUUCAAAUACUAGUUGUAAUCAUUUCAGAUACUUAUGCUGUGCUUGAUUGAGCUUGUCUGUUGCAAUGGAACCAAUAGAAAAGUCCCAAAAGUGCAAACACAGCCCCCCUGGCACUCCAGACAGGCUUAAGCAAAUGCUUAAAGAGUUUGGAAUAUUUCCAAUGGUAUUUGAACCCAGGUCUGUAGAGCGUACUGUGUGAGUGUCAUUAACGGGCCAUAUGUGUGUGUGUCCCUGUGCAGGCAGACACUGUGAGAUCUACACGGAUCCUUGUCUGACGGCUCACUGUCAGAAUGGUGGACGCUGUGAGAGUGUGGGCCUCAACGCCACCUGUGUCUGCCCACCUGGUUACCUGGGUGAGGAUUUCAACUCUGUAUGUGUGUGUUUUGUGUGUGCGUGCGUGCAUGCGUCUGUGUGUGAAUACAUGUCUGUCACCCAGUCUAUCAUAAUGGGCCUUGGAGACACAGGCUGUUCUGACUAGGGAGCAAACCCCCUCUGAACCUUUUGGAAAUAUAACUGUACCCGAUGUUCCAGUUAAACAUAAUCCCCCCCCCCCCCCCCACCCCUACCGGUUCUCUCAGGGGAGGCCUGUGAGGUUGAUGUUAACGAGUGUGAGAGCAACCCCUGUCAUCACGGAGGAACCUGCAUCGACCAAUCAAAUGCUUACACCUGCCACUGCCCCCCAGGCUGGAUAGGGGCCAGCUGUGAGAUACGUAAGUACAUUACCCAGAAUCCCCUGUUUGAAGGAGUAAAUUAUGAAAUAUAAUUACAUGCACAUGCCUUUCUUAGGUUAUUCAUAACUGUCUGUCUGUCUGUCUGUCUGUCUCUCUGUCUCUCUCUCUCUCUCUCUCUCUCUCUCUCUCAGACUUGCAGUGGAAGACGGCCCACCCCGAGGACACCCUGACCAACAUGCCGCGUCACUCCCUCUACAUCAUCAUCGGCGCCCUGUGCGUGGCCUUCGUCCUCAUGCUCAUCAUCCUCAUCGUGGGCAUCUGCCGCAUCAGCCGCAUCGAGUACCAGGGCUCGUCUCGCCAUGCCUACCAGGAGUUUUACAACUGCCGCAGCAUCGACAGCGAGUUCAGCAACGCCAUCGCCUCCAUCCGCCACGCCAGGUGAGACGGCACAAAUCUCUCUGAACCAGUCACACCUCAGGGUAGACUUGCUUACUAUAAGUAUAUAAGUGCCAGAACAUUGUUGAUAUUUAAUGUAUUCAUUUGAUUCAGCCAUUAGAAACACCUCCUGUUAUAGCUUUACUGUUCACCGGAAGAGAAAGACCCAUUCAAGUUUCAAGUUUUUAAUGUCACAUGCACAAGUACAGUGCAAUGCCUUUCUUACAAACUCAAAACCCAACAAUGCAAUAAUCAAUAACAAUGUAAUACUAGAAAAAACACGAGAUAAAGGCCCAUUCCGGUAGAUUUCAGGCCAAACUGGGAAGGUUGCCAGCACUAGGGUAUACUCACCUGUAAUACACUGUGGGGAAAUGUGUAAUACCUCUCUUACAACAUCAUAUUCAUAUUACUCUGUUUGUAACAUGUAACAUCUCUUUUAUAACACUACACUCACCUGUCACCUGUAUUUCAUUCUCAACCUAACAACUCUACACUUGAAACAUUAAGAACUGUCUUGCAGGUAGCUAGCUGUCCUACCUGAAGUGAUGUUCCAUUUAUGUGUUUUCUUCCUUCUCUCAGAUUUGGGAAGAAGUCCCGGCCGGCCAUGUACGACGCCGCACCCAUCUCCUACGAGGACUACAGCCCUGAUGACAAGCCCCUGGUCACUCUGAUCAAAACAAAAGAUUUGUAGAAAACACACCCACACACAGUAUCACACAUCACCUGUUCACACAUACAACUGCACAUGUUCGGAUGUGCACCAAUACACACAAACUCAGUCAAUGCAGACCAUUUAGUAUUUCUUUAGAUACAAAUUUACAAAAUAAAUGUGAACAAAACAAUAGUUCUGCGGGAAGAAAAAUACACAUCUGGAAUUUGAUAAAUCUAUUUUACGGUUGGAAUAUCCAUAAAGAUACUGUAGCAUAAGAGCGUACCUUGCAUAAUUUUAGUAGGUGUUGGGUGACAUUGCCAUGUUGGUUGCUUCUUCUCUCCAGUAGAAUGUGACUACAUUACCCAGGAUGCCAUUGGGGUCCUAGAGGGGGCGGUUCCUGACAUCCCCCACCAACCCAUGAGCUCAGUUUAAAGUGUAGAUUCAGCAGAGGCUGCUGAUAGGAGUUCUUACAGGUGUGGUAGAAAUAGGUGCACUUGUCAUAGUGCAGUACGAUAUAUAUAUCUUUCUAUAUUAAAAAUCUGCAGUAGGUUGCCUUACUUGGUGCAUGGGUAGAUUCGAUGGUUUCUGCAUAAUUUUGAAACCCUCCGUACAUUGUGGUUGAUUUACUGUAUCUUUGCCAGGUUUGUGCCAAAAUCGUCUCCUUCUUCAGGCGACAACGUGUGGUAGAGGUAGAACACGUAUAAAACCACUUUGGGGGAAGCUUUAAAACAGUGUUUAAAAAAAACAUUGGUUAUCAUGUUUUUGUUAUUUACAUGCAAGUUCUGUACAAAUAAAGGAGGAGUAAUAAUUGUAUUCACAGUGUUGUAUGGUUUCCCUAUUAUGAGGACAGUGUUUUUCGCAGGAGUGGUCGGAGUAGCCAGUGGGCGGGUCUUGUGUGGAGGAUGACUGACAGGUGGGGUGGGCGGGUCUUGUGUGGAUGAUUGACAGGUGGGGUUUAGCUGGUGGGUCUGCUCCAGUAAUAUAUGUGCUUCUGUGUCCCAGGUAUAGGUGUCUCUCUCUGUCUGUGUGCGGUUGUGUUGUUCCACUCAGGGUCAACCCCUGGGUGCAUUGGUUUUUGGGCGCUGGAUGGGCGGCACAUUUUAGACCAUUCCAUUGGUU